CCCGCAUCCGCAUAAAUAUAUAAAAAUUUAAAACAAAAAAAUGGAACAAACCUUUUUUUGGGGUUUCUCUCUUGUGUCAAAAAACGACCGAAUAUACAUUAUUAGAUUCACGUUUCAGAUCCCAUCUCUCUCUCUCUCUCUCUCUCUGAAUUUUCAACCAAAAGGUAAAGAUCUCCUCUGAAAGAAAGAAAAAGAAAAAAAGAAUUGAAUGCUUGUUGUUCAGGGAUGAUGGUAUGAAUUUGAAGGAAGAAAGGGUAGUAAUAAGUCAAAAAUGGAGUUGUGGGGAGAUCACUCGGAUGUGGAAUCGGAUUCGGAAUGGGUUCGAGAAGUUAGCGCUAAUGGGGUUAGCAUGAAAACAACAGAAGUUGAAGCCAAGCUCGAUCAAGGAAAUAUUCAAGAGGCUGAGGCUUCAUUACGGGAAGGCUUAUCACUCAAUUUCGAGGAAGCAAGAUCCCUUCUUGGAAAGUUAGAGUAUCAAAGAGGUAAUGUAGAAGGAGCUCUUCGUGUGUUUGAGGGCAUUGAUCUGCAAGCUGCUAUACAGAGAUUGCAGCCUUCCCUUGCUGAAAAACCGUCUUCCAGGAGGGGUCGCUUUCGCACUGAAUCAGUGCACGCAGUCUCACAGCAUGCUGCAAGCCUGGUUCUUGAAGCCAUAUACUUAAAAGCCAAGUCUCUUCAAAAGCUGGGGAGAGUAAGUGAGGCUGCUCAUGAAUGUAAAAGCGUGCUUGAUGCUGUGGAAAAGAUAUUCUAUCAGGGCAUACUUGAUGUUCAAGUUGACAAUAAAUUGCAAGAGAUAGUCACCCAAGCUGUAGAGCUCCUUCCAGAUCUCUGGAAGCAGGCUGGUUUCUAUCAUGAAGCAAUUGCUGCUUACAGACGUGCCCUUCUUAGUCAAUGGAACCUUGAUAAUGAUUGCUGUGCUAGAAUUCAGAAAGGCUAUGCAGUGCUUUUGCUGUAUGGUGGAGUGGAGGCUGGUCCACCCAGUUUAGCUGUCCAGAUUGAUGGUUCAUAUGUACCUAAAAAUAAUCUAGAAGAGGCAAUUCUACUUUUGAUGAUUCUUAUGAGGAAAUUUAUCCUUGGUAAGACCCAAUGGGAUCCAUCUGUAAUGGAUCACCUAACGUUCGCACUAUCUGUAUGCAGCCAAACACCUGUUUUAGCUAAGCAACUUGAAGAGAUCAUGCCUGGGGUAUAUCAUCGAGUUGACCGUUGGAAUUCUUUAGCUCUAUGCUACAGUGGAGCUGGACAAAACAAAGCUGCAUUGAAUCUAUUGAGGAAAUCUUUACAUAAACAUGAACGACCAGAUGACAUAAUCGCACUGUUAUUGGCUGCCAAGAUAUGCAGUGAGGAUUCCCAUCUUGCUGCUGAGGGAGUGGGGUAUGCACGGAGAGCAAUUAAUCAGGCUCAGGGGAUUGAUGAGCAUUUAAAGGGUGUGGGUCUUCGAACUUUGGGUCUUUGUUUGGGAAAACAAACUAAAGUUUCAUCCUCUGACUUUGAGAGGUCUCAUCUUCAGUCUGAAGCAUUGAAGUCAUUAGAGGGGGCUAUUCCUUUGGAGCCUAAUAAUACUGACUUAAUUUUUGAGUUGGGUGUUCAGUAUGCAGAGCACCGAAAUUUGACUGCUGCUUUACGAUGUGCAAAGCAGUUCAUUGAUGAAACAGGGGGAUCCAUAUUAAAAGGUUGGAGAUUUCUUGCCCUGGUUUUGUCUGCUCAACAGCGAUUCUCAGAGGCUGAGGUGGUUACUGAUGCUGCUUUAGACGAGACUGCAAAAUGGGACCAAGGACCACUUCUCAGGCUGAAGGCAAAACUAAAAUUCUCCCAGUCAUUACACAUGGAUGCUAUUGAAACUUAUCGUUACCUCCUUGCAUUGGUUCAAGCCCAAAGGAAAUCAUUUGGGCCUCCUAGAAUUCAGGCUGUGGAUGAUAAAGUCAAUGAAUUUGAAAUUUGGCAUGGUCUGGCAAAGUUAUACUCUAGUCUUUCACAUUGGAAGGAUGCAGAGAUAUGCUUGGGAAAGGCUAGAGAGCUAAAACAGUACUCUGUAGAAGCACUGCACACAGAAGGUCUUGUCUUCUUGUAAUGAUAAACUCCAGUUGAGACUGGUCUGGAACCAGCACCAUCCUAACUCAUAAAAAUAUCUUGGCACAUAUCUAAUGUACUUAGAUGAUGAUAUUUUCAAACAUACUUGGGCAUGGUUGGUCUAAGAGUUAUGCAGCAUUAAGGUAGCCCUCAUCCUUCCCAAAACCCUUGCAAUCCAUAGUGAAGGAAGAAUUUGAUCCAAGUUUCUGGUAGGAUGUUGAGAGGCUUACCAAGCAAGGAUGCCGAGAGACCUUACUGGUUAACCAAUUAGCACUUUUGAUAACAUAUACUUUUACCAUGUAGUUCUUUAAAUGAUUUUAAUUUUAAUUUUUAAGCACAAGUUCCUUGUUUCUUGUGCCUAACUUUGAAAAUAAUUCGACACACUCUUUACAAGGUGUAUAAAUCUAGAUAUAUUAUCCAUUAUCUCAUGAAAUUUUGACAUAUCACAUUGAUCGGUCAUCAAUCUAAGAUUAAUGUAGUCUAAUUGUCCUUUCAAAUUCUGCAUUUAGAAUUCUGGAAUCAGUUCUUAGACUUUGCAUGAUUAAAUUCUUUAUGUAAUUUGAUAUAUAAACAACUGGUGUGGUCCGAUCAAUUUCUAGGUGUCAAAAAAGCUUUGCUAGACUUAACUUACCUUGAGUUUUGUUGGUGAGACCUAAAUAUUUAAGGCACAAUUUGUUUUGGAGAAGAUGGAAUGUAGGCUGUUUGGAAGAAGUUAUAUUUGUCAAAGGGAGGCAGGCUAACACUGUUGAAAAGUGCGCUUUUGAGUUUACCAACAUAUUCUCUCUCUCUUUAUUUACUAUUCGCUCUAUCAUUGUUAAUAAUUGGCUGAAGAGAUUAUAGAGAUGUUUUUUGUGGGGUGCCUUGGAUGAGAAGUUCAAAUUCUCUUUGGUGCAUGGGACACCAUUUGUUCUCCCAUUGUGUAGGUGGUUUGAGUAUUAGGAAGUUUAAACAAGUCUUAUUAAGAAAAUGGUUAUGGCUUUAGGAAUGAAGGCGCAAAUUUUCGGCAACAGGUGGUAGCUAUGAAGUAUGAGGCUUUGAGAAUGAGGCACGUCUUUAUGGUGUCGGGUAAUAGCUAUGAAGUACUGGGAGGAAUAGGGAAAAUAGACUUCAAAAUCGGUUAUAGGGACUUAUGGGUGUAGCUUAUUAAGAAGUAUUAGGGCUAGGUGGGACAGUUUUCUUCAAUAUGUGAAUUUUGAUGUGGGGGACGACACACAAGCAAGGCUUUGGUAUUAUACAUGGUGUGGGAAUCAUUCUCUAAAGGAUGUGCCCUGAUUUUUAUGCCUACUCAGUUGAUAAAAAUGCCUCUGUUCAUUCAGUAAUGGAUAGGCAGUUGGAUGGGGAGGGGUUCUUCCAGGGAGGUUUUCAUAAUUAGGAAUUGGAUAUUGGGAAUUGGAGUAAGUGAAUUUGAGGAGGGAGGGUUGUACUAAGGAGAGAUGGAGAUUGAAAGGGAGUGAUAGUUUGAUGUUUGCUCUUAUUAUUAGGCUAUUUGAGGCACCGAUGCUAAUGCUUUCCCUUGAAAGAGUAUUUGGCAUGUAAAGGCACCGAAGAGGGUUUAUUCUUUGUUACUAUAGCAGCUUGGGGGAAGAUUCCAACCUAUGAUAAUAUUGCCAGGGUUCUUAUAUUAAAAAAAAAAAAAUGAUAAUACUGUCAAGGGUGGUUUCUUUUUUAUUGGUUGGUGUAAUGGGAAGACAGUAGAUCUUUAUAUGAUCCAUGGUGAUGUUGCAUAUGCUUUGUGGAGUGUAGUCCUUAGAGCUUUUGGGAUUAAAUGGGUGUUACCUAAGAGGGUAGUUGAUCUCAACCUUACUCGCCAUCCUUCUUAUGGCAAGAAGAACUGCGGUUUGAGAUAGAGCUCAUUGGUAAUGAUAAUAAUGAUUAUCAUUACUGUUAUUAUUAUAAUUAUCUGAUUGUGGUGAAUAGAUGCUUCUGUGUUUUCCAUGUUGAGUUCUAGGGGAGAAGGCAGAAAUCUCUACUGGAAUCUCAGAUUGAUUCAUAAUUUUCAUGAUUGGGAGCUGAAGAGGCUGGACUGCCUCAUGUAGUUAUUAUAUUCUCAUAUUUCUUUUGAUGGUGGUGCUUAUUCUAUGUUAUGUAGACUUAUUAGUAAUGGUCAUUUUAGUGAAGUGUGGUUGCUGUUGUUAUCUGAUUGUGGCGGGUAGAUGCAUCAGUGUUUUCCUUGUUGUGUUCUAGAGCAGAGGAUAGUAAUCACUAUUGGAAUCUCAGAUUGAUUCAUAAUUUUCAUGAUUUGGAGCUGAGGGGGCUAUAUUACCUCAUUUAGUUAUCAUAUUCUUAUAUUUCUUUUGAGGGUGGUGCUGACUGUAUGAGAUGGAGACUUAUUAGCAAUGGUCAAUUUAGUGUGCAUUUGUAUUAUGAAUUUUUGGGAGAUGCUAAAAGGCACUUCCAAUGGAAGUGCAUUUGGAAUAGCAAAGUAUUGAAGAAAAUCAUGUUGUUAUAAAUUGCAAACGUUGGAUAAAAUUCCAAAUAUAGAUAACCUUAUUAAAAGGAAUAAGUUCUAAUUAAUUGGUGCUAUACAUGGAUGGGGGUGGUUUGUAACUCUUUAGUUGAGUUUAUGGAUCAUUUGAAUCUCUGACUGUUAUCCUUAGGAAGCUCUUCUUAUUGAGCUUUCAUUUAAUUAUUGAAAUUCCUUAUAAAAGUAAAAAUAUUUAUCAUCAUAAUCAAUUUUCAGUGGAAAUAAUUAGUUGAAAAGCUUGUUACAUGCUGGAAUAUAUGAGAAGAAUGUUGUGCCAUUACCUAAUCCGGUUUAGAAAUUGUCUAUGUAAAAAUUGUCAUUUCCUUUUGUAAUUUC